GCGCAGGGCGGGCUGACGGCCCCCGCCGGCCGCGGGGCAGCGCCCGCUGAAGGCGGCGCGGAGGCAGCGCCAGGCAUGGCUGACCCGCUCCGCAGGACGCUCUCCAAGCUGCGGGGCAGGCGGUCCCAGCGAGGGGCGGCGGGCGCCGGGCACCGCCACGGCGGAGUCUGCGCCCCUCAAGAUUUUAUAGAGAAUGUUUACAUAGCUUCAAGAAGCAGGAAAGAGCCCAAGUCCCUCCAGGCCAGCGAGGUCCCUGAGCACAGGCUGCAGAUGAACAGCAUUACAGUUUCCAAGAAACGCAGCUGGCUGCAGCAGAGUACGCACCGGCCUCCUCCUCCUGCAGAAGGGGAAAGCACCUGGCAGGAGCCACAAGGGACAGUCACCCUGGUACCCAAAUCUCCCAUGCCGUUGCCUGAACCUGCAGUGCCGUGGGCUCCCUCCGUGUCAGCAGUGGGCCCUGCACGAGGCCGUGCUGGUACCAUCGUCUCGCCUGGUGCCACAGGCCUUACUGCACUGGGCUGUGCUGCCAUGGACUCCAGCGAAGAGAACGAUGUGGAUGAUGAAGGAGAAAUAUGGUACAACCCAAUCCCAGAAGAUGAUGAGCCUGACUUGCUGAGGGUCCAACCUGCUGCUGCAAACAGCCCCGCUGCCCUGGGCUCCCCACCGGUUCGGUACAAACCUUCUCCUGGGGCUGACUCUGGGAUGGCUGUGGGUCCCCCGCACUCCAUGAAGAGCAUGGGGAGCAGUCAGAUGGCUCAGCCUGGCGAGACGAGCCAGGCUGAUGCCACGCACCUUGGGGAGCACGUGCAGCACCACCGGCAGAGGUUUGCCUGCAAGGCUCCCAGUGUGCUGACAGUAGAGGACAAUCCUGCCUUUAAAUGCCCUUCAGCAGGGUCUGGAGUUGUACUUGCACACAACGCUGAUACGCCCUCAACAGAAGUUUCUCCUCCAAGUCCCAGUCCUCUGAAAAAAAGUGGACCAAUCAACUGGCCUUUCCCUGAUAGAAUCAAAUCUCCCAGGACUGUGAGGAAGCUUUCCAUGAAAAUGAAAAAGCUGCCAGAGCUGAGCAGGAAGCUGAGUGUCAAGGGAACUUCAAGCCAUACUAGUUCAGAUAAUCCUCCUUCCCUGCUGAAAGGUAGCUGCCGGGAUACAAGCCAUACAGUGUCUUUGCUGUCUUCUGCAAACUCAGCCACAGCUGCCAGCAGGAAUGUGAUAAGUCGUUACCAUCUCGACAGCAGCGUGUCAUCACAGCACACCUACAAAAAGAAAAGCUCAAGGAGCUCCAAAUCCUUCAGCAAAGGUGGUUACCUCAGUGAUGGUGACUCUCCUGAACUUAUAACAAAAUCAGGGAAACAUGGGCACGAAACUAAGUGUGGGAAAGGAAAGGAGAGCCUUCCAAGUAACAGCAGUAAAACCGAAAUAGACAUUGAUGCCUUCAGACACUACAACUUUUCUGAUCAACCCAAGUGCUCUCAGUACAUCUCUGGCCUCAUAAGCAUUCACUUUUAUGGUGCUGAAGACUUAAAACCACCAAGAAUAGACUCAAAAGAUGUCUUUUGUGCAAUACAGGUUGACUCAAUAAACAAAGCAAGAACAGCCUUGCUUACAUGUAGGACGACGUUCCUAGAUAUGGACCACACGUUCAAUAUAGACAUUGAAAACGCUCAGCACUUGAAGCUGGUGGUGUUCAGCUGGGAACCCACCCCGCGGAAAAACCGCGUGUGCUGUCACGGCACCGUGGCUCUGCCCACUCUCUUCCGAGUGACAAAGAGCCAUCAGCUCGCUGUCAAGCUGGAGCCGAGGGGCCUUAUUUAUGUCAAGCUGUCGCUCAUGGAGCAGUGGGAGAACUCUCUCGAUGGCCUCGAUGCAGCUCGAGAGCCUGUGAUGUUCGGGGUUGAGGCUCGGAAAGUUGUGGAGAAGGAGAAUGCAGGCUUGAUGGUGCCACUUCUGAUGCACAAAUGCAUUCUGGAGAUUGAAAAGAGAGGCUGUCAGGUGGUGGGUCUCUAUCGGUUAUGUGGCUCAGCGGCGGUGAAGAAAGAGCUCCGGGAGGCGUUCGAGCGAGACAGCAAGGCUGUGACUCUCUGCGAAAGCCAGUACCCAGACAUUAAUGUCAUAACAGGUGUCCUAAAGGAUUACCUGCGAGAGCUGCCCUCUCCCCUGAUAACCAAGCAGCUCUACGAAGCAGUGUUGGAUGCCAUGGUGAGAAAUCCCUUGAAGAUGACAGGAGGGGGUUGCGAGAACGACCUGAGCGACAGUGAGCACACGGCAGCCCUUCUGGACUGCCUGCCAGAUGUUGAGAAGGCUACCCUGAAGAUGCUGCUGGAUCACCUGAAACUGGUGGCUUCUUACCAUGAAGUGAAUAAGAUGACAUGCCAGAACUUAGCUGUAUGUUUUGGGCCUGUGUUACUGAGCCAGAGACAGGAGACCACCAACCAUAACAACAGAGUCUUCACAGACUCAGAAGAGCUUGCUAGUGCUCUGGACUUCAAAAAACACAUAGAGGUUCUUCACUAUUUACUCCAGCUGUGGCCAGUACAUCACUCGCCUACCAAAGAACCAGCACAUCUGGAUGCAUUUCCUGAGCACCCAUCCUCCCUGAAUUACCUGAGGCCCAAGAGGCAGAGGCCUCAGAUGCUGAACCUGAGCGGUACCGAGAUGUCUGGGGUUCUUAGGCCACGGCCAGCGGGGCUGGACAGCCCCUCCAGCAACCGCUAUGCUGGAGACUGGAGCGGUUGUGGGGAGAACUACUUCUUAAACCCAAAGGACUGCCUGAGCGAGGCAGACUACGACGACGUGCCUUGGGAAGGGACGGAGAGCGGGGACGACAGCAGCAAGGCCGAGGAGCCGGCCGCCCCAGUGAGGCACUCGCAGCCCGACCCCAGAGAGCACACCUUCCAGAGCUAUUUGACAAUGCAAGCAAUAGACUCUGCGGGGGAUCAUAGAGCAAACCUCAAAGACCUGCAGGAAAGUAUCGAUACUCUGAUAGGAAACCUGGAAAGGGAACUCAACAAAAACAAACUGAAUAUGAGUUACUGAAUGCUGUCCUGCAGGAUGCCUCCGCCCUGUGCCGCUCUCCAGGCUUCCCACAGCCGUGCGAGGAGGGUUGUGUCCCCAGCGCUGUGUCCUGAGGCCCUGACCCACCUGGCCUUAAACUUGAAGCCAUUUUGUUGCAUUUCCACCUUUUUUUGCUAAAAGAAAGUGUUGGUUUGACCUGGGUGAUGGAGACAAGCUUCGAGACCGUGAGCUCCACAUAGUGGCAUUUCUCCCUAAAAGACACUGUGCACUUAAGUGGCCUGGGCAAUACCUGGUAGAAGAUAAAGCAACACCUCUGCUGUCAGCAUCAGCAGAACUCCUCAUUCCUGAAAUCCUGGUUCUGGUACAGAUGUUCCUCUGGGAAGAGGAUGGAUGCUGCUUGGCCUGAAUUUUGCAGCACAGACUUCAGAUAGACUUGUUUUACUAUAUAUGCAAUGGCUGCUAUGAAAAAUGCUUUAUAUAUAUAUAUUAUAUUUAUAUAUAAAGUUUUAAUUGUACAAAUAUUAAUGUAUUCCUGUAUUAACCCUUUUCAGUAAUUAUUUAAACAAGUAAAAAAUAAAUAUUUUUCUAACCUUGUUUGUAUAGAUCUGUGUACAGAUGUGCAUGUGUCUGUAGCCAGCUGUGGAAAGAAGUCCCUCAGAAUUACAAAACAUCCCCAUUUCUAGGAAGAUGUCAGUGAUUCCAGGACAAAGUUACCCCUUGGGUAACACACGUUUCAUUUAUGCCCAGGAAGAUGUCCAGAGGAUGGCAGGGGAAGUGCUUCAUGUACCUGACCUUGUGUGCUGCAGGGGCAUCAUUUCGCAGCCAUUGACUAUUAAAUGUCUCUCACACACCUCCCACUCUUGGUUUUUUUCUACCUUUUUUUGUCUGGCUUUUUUUUCCUCCAUGUUUUUUUAAUACAUAAAGAUGGACUGGAAGGUAUUUACUUUUCAAAAAAUACUUCUGGUUUGUCCUUGUAACCUGUUACUUUGUUCUUAAUGUUGCAGUUCUUUUUUCUCCAGUGUCAUGUAUUUUCGUUGAGGUCGCUUUGUCUGGCUGCUGGUAUUUAAGAUGUGUUUGAGCCCUCUCUGAAGGACUGUGGCUUUGGAGAUGCAAUAUUCAAAUUCUGCACAAAGGUACUUACUUUUUUCUCUAAGUAUUUUAGUUCAAUUAACCUCCCAGAAAUGGAAACCCGGGUUGUUAGAUGAGGCUGAAUGUGUUGAACAACAUUACUCCUGGGCAGUUUGGGUGAGGUUACAGUUCACUGUGACAUUCAGCUAUCGCCAUCCACUCACAUCAUCCCUUAUCAUUAGUAAUUUAUGGUCACUAGAAAUGUCAUGUUAAGGAAACAUACUCUUGGUUUAACUAAGAAUACUUACAAAUCACAUCCAGGUGUUUUCAUAGUCCCUCUAACCAAAAGGAGAUCCGGAGUCAUUCCUGUCCUUCCUAGGUCACUGCCCCUGAAUAAGCAGGGAUUUGGGUGGGUGAGGGUUGUGUGUUUUGAGAGGUCAAACAGGGAGCUGCUGUCAGCUAUCAGGGCAGAACUUAAUAAUUCUCUUCAUCUUUUUGGUACGAUGUUGGUAUCUCGCAGGGGCUUUCCAUUCCCCCUCUGGGGAAGUGCUUUUCUGCUAACCUGUACUUCCUUACACUGCUUAAUUGGAGUUAUUUAUUGACAGUAGCAAGGAAUUAAGAUUUGCUAUGGAAAACUUCACCCCUCAUUUCUAAGGAAUUAUUUUAGCAUGGUUUCAAUUAGUUUAUUCAAUUUCAUUAAUUUAUUUUUGUAAGUGUUAAAAGAUGCAAAACAAUGAUUGCAACAUGAUGGAAACAUAUGGAAAUGUAAAUUUAACCUGAAGCAUUUAUCAAUAAAUCAAUGUAUUUUUGUAAACUUUUAUACCUACAGAA